AUGGCUACGGGCAGACGACGGACACUGACAGACUACAACUCAGACGCGUCGCCAAUCGCGGUCACCACAACUCCUCCACCCAGUCCGCCUAGUGUCGCCACACCAACGGCAACUCACACCGUGCCCGGCGCUCGGUUGAACCAACCCAGUGUCCCGGCAAAUGCUCCGCUGGCCCCAGGACUGGACGCGGAAGUCUGCGGCUCAAAUGGCACUCCACAGGCGCACAGGCAGUCCGGCAACGACAACCAAGAAGACAUCAUUGACACCGUCGAGCGGCUUGACAUUCGCAAAAAGGAGCCACGGCCGUCAGAUCUCCGCGCCGCUACGCAAAAGUCGGAUAUAAACCCACUCCGCCUCUAUCUCGCUUUCAGGGGAUCGGCCGCUAUGACCGAGUCAAAGAAGAGGCGGAGAGAAAUGACAGAUGACGACGACGUGGAAUCAGGCGUGCAUGGCAUCGGAUCCUUGGAGGGCGCUCAAUCUUGUCCGGCUCCUUCUUUGUCAGCCGCUGAUAAGGAGUCCUAA